ACCGAGGGGAAAUUCCGCGGGACCCGUGGUGAGCAGUAUGUGGGUUGAGGAGUUGUGUCUGCCUCUGACUGUGUGUCUGUGUGAGUUGAGGGAGGCGGGGGCUGAGUCAGUGGGAACGGGGGAUGGUUUUCGUUGUGACUCACUCUCCCCCACCCCAAGCCUGAUUCAGACCCUGAGAAAGGCUUUGUUCGUGGGGCGGAUGGGAAGUCAGGCGCCUGUGUCCCUGGUGGGGGACACCGAUUCGUGGUAGUUGGUGAGAUCGUGCUUAGGGUACAGGAAGUUUUGUUCUGGAGCGCCCUGUAGUCCAUGGUGUCGUCGUGGGAGGUUGUGGAUAAAGGCUGAAGAUCAAGACGGCUGGAGGGACGGAACUCUCUAGUUUAGGGAAAGCUGAGUCAGUUCCCCGUGGGAAAGGGGAAGUGGUAGAGGGGAAGUGUCAUCAUCGCAGAAGGGGAAGCUGCAUUUCCUGGUAACUAGCAGAGUUCUGGGCACCGCUUCCUUAGCCGGGAUCUGCUUCUCUGACAUCUGGUACCCCGAGCUGCCGUUUGUCCACGGCUGGUUUCUCUACCCCCCGCAGGGCUUGAUUGGGGCACUCAGGUUGGGUUGCACUUGACCACAGUUUAGCAUUGUACGCGUCCCAGGGAUUGGUAACUGACAGACUGCAACCUAAAGAGAGUUGACCGGAGCUCCGCGUGAACGAGUAGUCCGCGGAACACAAGGUCCUCCCGGGGACCGGACCGGAGCAGCCUGCAGGAUCUGUCGGGUCCAAGCACUUUUCGUGUACAGAAGAUGACCUUGCCCCCAGCGGGAGGGAAGACAGUUUUCGCCAGAAACCCUUCUGCCUUUGUGGGCUGGCUGGAAAUUUCCUCCCGAUGCAGACUUCUCGGCCAAGGCGAACUUUCCAGCCGCCCCCAACCCCUCGCCGCGCGCUCGCUCUCCCCCGGCUUCCUGCCCGGCGCUUUCUCCAGCUGGAGCGCUAGCCCCGCCCCCGCGGCUUUGUACUCGACUCUAGCCUCUCCGCUCUUUGUACUCUAGACUCUCAAUGGACCGAUCCCGGGAGCGGAGUAGGCUCCCUACCUGCCGGGACCUGGGGUAUGCGCAGGGAAGCAGCUUCUGGGCUCUAAGAUUUGAGAAGGCAAAGCUAGGAUUAAAGGGAACGUGACUAGGAAAGGAGAGUACUGUGCCCGUUGUGGGUUCAGCUUCGACGGGAAAGGAGUAAAGGGGGGGUGGCGUGAAGGAGGAAGUGAAACGGGUUCUGUGUUCUUUAAGGGAGUAGGCGGUGAGAGUGGGACAGGGGUGAUGUCACUGCCUGUUGGGCCCCGCCCUCCUCUCCCUCCCGAAGGACCCCCCCCCCCCUUACACACACCGCUUCCGCUGCGCAAGUAGCCACGUCACGGGCAACCCCCGAAAUCCCCCCUCCCUUGGGGGGGGUGGGGGCCACGUGGGCCGUGGGGAACCGCGUGGCCCCGGCAGGGAAAGGGCACAGAGGAUAGAGGAGCCACGCGAGAGGGGCCGCCACUCCACGGUGCGCAGCUUCCCAGAAGUUGGAGGGCUGGGGGGACUGGCAGAGGGGGUCGACCGAUAUUGAAGACUCAGAGCCAGGGAAAGUGGAGGAGCUGGAGGAACUUGGCUGUUACUGAGGCGGAGACAAGGGUGAUGAUUGGCUUUCUGUGGAUAGAGAAUUCUUGUGAUUGGCUAAAUUUCUGAAGCUCUUGAAGCUGUCGGAGGCUGGAAUUGGUUGCAGAAGGCCAGAGACUGUCACCUGGAAACAGUGGGCACUAUUGUUAAGGGCAGUUGGAGCUGGACCAUCGUGCCAGAGAGCUGGGGCAGGGGGCCGUGCCCCAUCUCCAGGGCUCCUGGGGCCACUGCUGACCUGGCUGGAUGCAUCGGGCAGUGGACCCUCCAGGGGCCCGCUCUGCACGGGAAGCCUUUGCCCUUGGGGGCUUGAGCUGUGCUGGGGCUUGGAGCUCCUGCCCACCCCAUCCUCCUCCCCGAAGCUCAUGGCUGCCUGGAGGCAGAUGCUCUGCCAGCGUUGGGCAGCCCCCGCUCUCUGCUCCUUUACCCCCGUCUCAUGGCAGUAGCUCCGGGCACCCUAACAAACCCUAUUAUGCUCCUGGGACACCCACCCCAAGACCCCUUCAUGGGAAAUUGGAAUCCCUACAUGGCUGUGUCCAGGCAUUGCUCCGGGAGCCAGCGCAGCCAGGGUUGUGGGAACAGCUUGGACAGUUGUAUGAAUCAGAGCACGACAGCGAGGAGGCUGUAUGCUGCUACCACAGGGCCCUUCGCUAUGGAGGAAGCUUUGCAGAGCUGGGACCCCGGAUUGGCCGAUUGCAGCAGGCUCAGCUCUGGAACUUUCAUGCCGGUUCCUGUCAGCACAGAGCCAAGGUCCUGCCUCCCCUGGAGCAAGUCUGGAAUUUGCUGCACCUUGAGCACAAACGGAACUACGGGGCUAAGCGAGGGGGCCCUCCAGUGAAGAGAUCUGCUGAACCCCCGGUGGUCCAGCCUAUGCCUCCUGCAGCCCUCUCAGGCCCCUCAGGAGAGGAGGGCCUUAGCCCUGGAGGCAAGCGCAGGAGAGGCUGCAGCUCUGAACAGGCUGGCCUUCCCCCAGGUCUGCCACUCCCUCCACCACCACCACCCCCUCCGCCUCCACCCCCACCCCCACCCCCUCCACCACCACCGCUGCCUGGCCUGGCUAUUAGCCCCCCAUUUCAGCUGACUAAGCCAGGGCUGUGGAAUACCCUGCAUGGAGAUGCUUGGGGCCCCGAGCGCAAGGGUUCAGCGCCCCCAGAGCGCCAGGAGCAGCGGCACUCGAUGCCUCAUUCAUAUCCAUACCCAGCUCCUGCCUACUCCGCUCAUCCGCCCAGCCAUCGGCUGGUCCCCACCACACCCCUUGGUCCAGGUCCCCGACCCCCAGGAGCAGAGAGCCAUGGCUGCCUGCCUGCCACCCGUCCCCCCGGAAGUGACCUUAGAGAGAGCAGAGUUCAGAGGUCGCGGAUGGACUCCAGCGUUUCACCAGCAGCAUCUACCGCCUGCGUGCCUUACGCCCCUUCCCGGCCCCCUGGCCUCCCCGGCACCAGCAGCAGCAGCAGCAGUAGCAGUAACAACACUGGUCUUCGGGGUGUGGAGCCAAGCCCAGGCAUUCCUGGCGCUGACCAUUACCAAAACCCUGCGCUGGAGAUAUCCCCUCACCAGGCCCGCCUGGGUCCCUCCGCACACAGCAGUCGGAAACCAUUUUUGACGGCCCCUGCUGCCACGCCCCACUUAUCCCUACCCUCCGGGACCCCGUCAUCCCCUCCACCCCCAUGUCCUCGCCUCUUGCGACCUCCACCGCCCCCUGCUUGGAUGAAGGGCUCAGCCUGCCGUGCAGCCCGAGAGGAUGGAGAGAUCUUAGGGGAGCUCUUCUUUGGUGCUGAGGGACCUCCCCGUCCUCCCCCACCCCUUCCCCACCGUGAUGGCUUCUUGGGGCCUCCAAACCCCCGCUUUUCUGUGGGCACUCAGGAUUCGCAUACCCCUCCCGUUCCCCCAACCACCACCACCACCAGCAGCAGCAGCAACAGCCACAGCAGUAGUCCUACUGGGCCGGUGCCCUUCCCACCACCCUCCUAUCUGGCCAGAAGUAUAGACCCCCUCCCCAGGCCAUCCAGCCCAACCUUGAGCCCCCAGGACCCACCUCUUCCACCACUGACUCUUGCCCUGCCUCCAGCCCCUCCCUCCUCCUGCCACCAAAAUACCUCAGGAAGCUUCAGGCGCUCGGAGAGCCCCCGGCCCAGGGUCUCCUUCCCAAAGACCCCCGAGGUGGGGCAGGGGCCACCCCCAGGCCCUGUGAGUAAAGCCCCCCAGCCUGUGCCACCUGGGGUUGGAGAGCUCCCCGCCCGAGGCCCGAGGCUCUUUGAUUUCCCACCCACUCCGCUGGAGGACCAGUUUGAAGAGCCAGCUGAAUUCAAGAUCCUACCUGAUGGGCUGGCAAACAUCAUGAAGAUGCUGGAUGAAUCCAUUCGGAAGGAGGAGGAGCAGCAGCAGCAGCAGGAGGCAGGCGUGGCUCCCCCACCCCCACUCAAAGAGCCCUUUGCAUCUCUACAGCCUCCAUUUCCCAGUGACACAGCCCCAGCCACCACCACUGCUGCCGCCACCACCGCCGCCACCACCACCACCACCACCACCACCACCACCACCACCCAAGAAGAGGAGAAGAAGCCACCACCAGCCCUACCACCACCACCGCCUCUAGCCAAGUUUCCUCCAACUCCUCAGCCACAGCCCCCACCACCUCCACCAGCCAGCCCAGCCAGCCUGCUCAAAUCGUUGGCCUCUGUUCUUGAGGGACAAAAGUACUGUUACCGGGGGACUGGAGCAGCCAUCUCAACCAGGCCCGGGUCCGUGCCCGCCACUCAGUAUUCCCCUAGUCCUGCAUCAGGUGCUACCGCCCCACCACCCACUUCAGUGGCCCCUAGUGCCCAGGGCUCCCCCAAGCCCUCGGUUUCCUCGUCAUCUCAGUUCUCUACCUCAGGUGGGCCUUGGGCCCGGGAGCACAGGGCGGGUGAAGAGCCAGCACCAGGCCCCGUGACCCCUGCCCAGUUGCCCCCACCUCUGCCGCUGCCCCCUGCUCGUUCUGAGUCUGAGGUGCUAGAAGAAAUCAGUCGGGCUUGUGAGACCCUUGUAGAGCGGGUGGGCCGGAGUGCCAUCAAUCCAGUGGACACGGCAGACCCAGUGGACAGUGGGACUGAGCCACAGCCCCCGCCUGCGCAGGCCAAGGAGGAGAGUGGGGGAGUGGCGGUAGCAGCAGCAGGUCCAGGUAGUGGCAAGCGUCGUCAAAAGGAGCAUCGGCGGCACAGGCGGGCCUGUAGGGACAGUGUGGGUCGACGACCCCGCGAGGGGAGGGCCAAGGCCAAGGCCAAGGCUCCCAAAGAAAAAAGCCGAAGGGUGCUGGGGAACCUGGACUUGCAGAGUGAGGAGAUCCAGGGCCGGGAGAAGGCCCGGCCCGAUGUCGGUGGGGCUUCCAAAGUUAAGACACCCACAGCUCCAGCACCCCCGCCUGCUCCUGCACCCUCUGCUCAGCCAACACCCCCAUCAGCUCCUGUCCCUGGGAGGAAGACUCGAGAGGAGGCUCCAGGGCCUCCAGGGCCUCCAGGUGUGAGCCGGGCAGAUAUGCUGAAGCUCCGGUCACUUAGUGAGGGGCCUCCCAAGGAGCUGAAGAUCAGGCUCAUCAAGGUGGAAAGUGGGGACAAGGAGACCUUUAUCGCCUCUGAGGUGGAAGAGCGGCGGCUGCGCAUGGCGGACCUCACCAUCAGCCACUGUGCCGCCGAUGUCAUGCGUGCCAGCAAGAAUGCCAAGGUGAAAGGGAAAUUCCGAGAGUCCUACCUCUCCCCUGCCCAGUCUGUGAAACCCAAGAUCAACACUGAGGAGAAGCUGCCCCGGGAAAAACUCAAUCCCCCUACGCCCAGCAUCUAUUUGGAGAGCAAACGAGAUGCCUUCUCGCCGGUCCUGCUACAAUUCUGUACAGACCCCCGGAACCCCAUCACCGUCAUCAGGGGCCUGGCUGGUUCACUUCGGCUCAACUUAGGCCUUUUCUCCACCAAGACUCUGGUGGAGGCGAGCGGUGAACAUACGGUGGAGGUCCGUACCCAAGUGCAGCAGCCCUCAGACGAGAACUGGGACCUGACAGGUACCAGACAAAUCUGGCCCUGUGAGAGCUCCCGUUCCCACACCACCAUCGCUAAAUACGCACAGUACCAGGCCUCGUCCUUCCAGGAGUCACUGCAGGAGGAGAAGGAAAGUGAGGAUGAGGAGUCCGAGGAACCAGACAGCACUACAGGAACCUCUCCCAGCAGUGCACCGGACCCCAAGAACCAUCACAUCAUCAAGUUUGGCACGAACAUCGACCUGUCUGAUGCCAAGAGGUGGAAGCCACAGCUACAGGAGUUGCUGAAACUGCCCGCCUUCAUGCGGGUAACAUCCACAGGCAACAUGCUUAGCCACGUGGGCCACACCAUCCUGGGCAUGAACACCGUGCAGCUAUACAUGAAGGUCCCUGGCAGCCGAACGCCAGGCCACCAAGAGAAUAACAAUUUCUGCUCUGUCAACAUCAACAUCGGCCCCGGGGACUGCGAGUGGUUCGCGGUACAUGAGCACUAUUGGGAGACCAUCAGCGCCUUCUGCGACCGGCAUGGUGUGGACUACUUGACUGGUUCCUGGUGGCCAAUCUUGGAUGACCUCUAUGCGUCCAAUAUUCCUGUUUACCGCUUCGUGCAGCGCCCUGGAGACCUUGUGUGGAUUAAUGCAGGGACUGUGCAUUGGGUGCAGGCUACUGGCUGGUGCAACAACAUUGCCUGGAACGUGGGGCCCCUCACCGCCUAUCAGUACCAGCUGGCCCUGGAGCGAUAUGAGUGGAACGAGGUGAAGAACGUCAAGUCCAUUGUGCCCAUGAUUCAUGUGUCCUGGAACGUCGCUCGAACGGUCAAGAUCAGCGACCCUGACUUGUUCAAGAUGAUCAAGUUCUGCCUCCUGCAGUCAAUGAAGCACUGUCAGGUGCAGCGGGAGAGCCUGGUGCGGGCAGGGAAGAAGAUAGCUUACCAAGGCCGUGUCAAAGACGAGCCUGCCUACUACUGCAACGAAUGCGACGUGGAGGUGUUCAACAUCCUGUUCGUUACAAGUGAGAAUGGCAGCCGAAACACGUACCUGGUGCACUGCGAGGGCUGUGCGCGCCGUCGCAGCGCGGGCCUACAGGGCGUGGUGGUGCUAGAGCAGUACCGCACGGAGGAGCUGGCGCAGGCCUACGAUGCCUUCACACUGGCUCCCGCCAGCACGUCUCGAUGAGGCCGGACGCCCCGCUCGCCCGCCCACGCUGGGCGCGGCGGGGCCACCAGCACACGCCUGGGCUGGACCUAGGUCCCGCCUCUGGCCGGGAAGGGGGUCGGGCCCAGCCCCUCCACCCUAUUGGCAGCUCCCCUCACUUAAUUUAUUAA